UCUGUGUGGCAAGGCAACAAUAUCCAUCCUAAACCAUCAGUUUUUCUCUCGUGCAUAACAUUUCCCAUUAACGUCACCAUUUUGUCCGCGUAAUAUUUCUUUCAUUCUUAUCCGAGCAUCUCAGAUCUGAGCUCUCUUGCCCCAGUCAUGGAGGAAAAGGUUGCGAUAAUGAAGCUGAAGGUUGACCUUCAGUGUAGAAAGUGCAUUAUGAAACUCAAGAAAGUCCUAAGCAAAUUCCCUCAAAUUCGAGAUCAGGUUUAUGACGAGAAGAACGGCGUAGUGACCAUCAGAGUGAUAUGUUGCAACCCAGAGAGGCUGAGGAAUAGUAUUUGUUGCGAAGGUGGUGGCUCCAUUAAGAGUAUUGAAAUUGUUGAACCACCCAAGCCCAAACCACCGCCCAAGAAGCCCGAAGAGCCCAAACCACCGCCACCUGGGCCUCCUGAGCCACCAAAACAAGAUCGUGUUCCUCCUCCUCCUCCCCCAUCGGCCGCAAAGUUUUCUGAGCCACCGCCGUUCUCCGUUCUUGCAUUCCCACCACCGUCUGCUCCGGUUGGGCCCUUCUAUGGGGGUGGUCCUGGUGGGCCCCCGGGCUUUUAUGCUAGGCCCAUAUACGAUAGCUAUGGUUGGAGUGGCCCUUGUUACGUGGGCCCUCACCAUGAAUGCUGCUUUGAAGAAGAGGCUUCAGUGUGCACUAUAAAUUGAGGAGCACAAGGCAGACAAGAAUAAUUGUAAAGGUCAUCAGGACUGACUAAAAUACUGUAAUUUUAUUUAAUAAAUUUGAUGAAAUAAUCGUAAAAGCUCUUUCAUUGUGUAUGAAUUUGAUGAAGCUUCUUUUCUUAACUUACUAUUUUU